UUCUGUGUUGUUAUGUGUGCUAUUGUUAUUUAAUUGUUAAAAAUGUGUUAGGCAUAUACUAUUUAAUACAAGUUAUUCUGAAAACAGUUAAUAAAGGCAUUUUUAUUUAUGGGGUAUUCAUCAUUAAAGGAUCUGAUGCCCUCAUUAUCGGUCUCCAGGCCAUGCCUAAGCUAAAAUAUCUUUCAUGGUACACUGCUCCACAAAAGUGGAACAGCAAGAUUUCAACAGUACUUGUCACUCUUGUAGUGCUGAAAAUCUGAUUUUGUGCUGAUAAUGUUCACUUUACCUAUACUGUGCUGUUCACUACUAGUAUUUACAAACUUAGCCUAUAAAGUGUGGUGGCCUUAGUGGUAUUUAGUAUAGCUCAGUGGCGUAUUUUAUGGAGGGCUAUAAGGGCUCAGGGCGACAAAACUUGAAAUAUGCCAUUGGUAUAGCUGAAUCGAAUAUUUUAAGGAAUUCUUAAAUUAAAAAGCAAUUGCAAUCGAUUCAGUUUAAAGCCUCCAAUAAUUAAAAGAACACGUAGUUCAAAGUUCUUUGUAAAGUGUUGACCAGUAAAUAUUGUGAGGAUUUAACAAUGUGACUGCACGACUUAGUGCUGUAGUAGUAUUAUAAAUCCUCUCCAAGUUUACUGAAGGUGUUGAGUCUGGUGCGCUAUAAUAACUUUCAAAUGACAUACCGGCAAGACACCAGGUGUUAAUAAGGUUAUCUAGAACAUAUCAUAGCUCAUGAAUUACUUAUCACAUGAAGGAAGUCCCGUAGUGAUAUAUCUAUCUAAGAACAAGGUUGCUCUAUUUAUUGGUAGCUGCCCUGACAGCUCACAGACAAAUAGACAACAUGUUUUGUCAAGCACUUGCCUUAUUCUGGACUGUUUACUUUGUGAGUGCACAAGACAUAGGGAUGGCCCUAGCACAAAAGAAUAUAGAAGGUUACCCUACCUCCCUGUUAUUUGAAGUGGUAUCCUCAACCCAGGACGGAGAUUCAAAACUGGAAAAAGUUCGAAUGGCUGAGCUGCUGGAGACAAAGGAAGUGCAAGCUGCAGUCACCAGGUCUGCUCUAGAAUAUUCGGCAAAGGAGCUAAAUCAGUCAGGUCAAGCUAGGUACCUAUUUAGCGACCCCGGAAUGUGCGAGUUUUCUUGGGUGUCCUGGCUGCCAUGGAUGGGUUGUGAGGCUCCUGAAACCAAGAUGUCUUCUUCUUCCCUUCCACUCAUCAUGGAGUCCUCCUACAGCUGCUACUGACUUUUACUGCUAUUUUUAAAACAGGUUAACUGUUUUUAUUGUAAAUGAUGGAUUUGGGAGUAUUUCUUUCUGGAAAACACUUUCCCAAACAGCUCGUUACUUUAAAACAUGUGUAUUUAUAGAAUAAGAUGAACAGCUUAUCGUUUAUAAGCAUGUAUAGACUAUUAAUGUUGAUUAAAUCACUUAACAACAUGGAAUGUUAAUUAAAAUAAAGGUGACACCACAUGUAAGACUACUUUAAAUGUCAAUAAAAUAAUAAAAUGCCCUA